GCUAAACAACAAACCCGGAUCGGAUCGGAUAGGCUCAAGCGGUGAUCGCGAUCGAGAUCGGCAUCGGCAUCGGUAUCGGGAUCGAGAUAUAAUUGCAGCAAUUUAAUGCGGACGCUGUACCGCAUACUUUGUCGUUUGCAAUCGGAGACUUUGUGAACAAAGAACGUUUAAGAAAUUCGCAAAGUUCCCCAAAUAAUCGGCUUCGGUAUUGAAUUUCGAAAAACAAAAAAAAAAGAAGAGAAGAAAUCGUUUCCUAGUAGUGAGUGACAGGUCUCUGGCUGGCCGGGAUCCCCAUUAAUUUCGAACCGAUCUGAUCGACUUUGAUCUAAUCCGAAGGCAAGGUCGUUCGGGGUCCAUUCAAGCGAAGCCACAAAUUGGCCAUUUGAGCGGCUUAGAAAAACACGGAUCGAUUUCGAUUUCGCGUUCAGCUUCGGCUUCGGUUUCUGCUCUCCGAAACGAAAUUUAUUGAAGACGUGCUGGAUGCGGAAGGACUGAAAAAAAACAAAAUGUGCUUACUAAGCCAAUGUGCCAGCGAUGCCUCCGACUAUUAAUAUUCAGUGCGGGUCCCAAAAAAUGUCAAUCACUUGAUUACGAACGACAAACAAACAAAAUCAGUGGAGUGCUCGAAUUCGGGUUGCAUAAAUAAGGCGACCGACCACAUGGAAAGUUAAAAUUAAGAGUCAGACUGUGAAGAUACGACCAUUUUUCUCCGGAGUUCACAUCGCAGCUCGUUUUAACCAUUCAAAAGAAAUGGCUUCCUCUAGUAGCAGUCAGCCGGAGCAGAGCCGGUCACAUGCCAUCCCGCUAUGCCGCCUGGGAACGGAGCCGAGCAGCCGGACGACGGCUGAGGCGGAGGAGCCCAGCGAGCGGCGGGAGUGCUACUACUACAGCCCGACCACCUCCCCGCAUCGCCAUCAUCGUCAUCCUAGGCAUCACCAUCAUCAUCAUCAUCAUCAUCAUCACCAGAGCCAGCAGAUGCACGGAUGGCCAUCGCGGCUGGGUCCCUGGAUCGGACCCUGGCUGGGCGCAAUGACCGCCUAUCGGCUGCUGACAAUCAGCCUCCUAAUUGGCAUUCUGUGUCCACAUCACGUCCAGGGAGCGGACCCCAAGUUCGAUCCAACCACGCGCAUGCGCCUGGUGCUGGUGCCGGCGGACGCACAGGUCAACUCGGUAAUCUACAGGUUGCGUGCCACCGACGAGGAGUUCGACUAUCCGCUGACCUUCGAGUUCGUGGGCGAUGCCAGCGCCUCCACGGUCAAGGUAGAAUCGCUGCCCUGCACAAAGUACAACUCGGUGUGCCAGGCGAAUAUCGUGCUGCAGCGGAGGCUGGAGCCCGGACGCUACUAUGACUUCCAGGUCUCGGUGAAGGACACCAAGGGCGGCAUGACCACGCAGCUCUGCUCAAUUACGGCCACCAACUUCACCACGCCGCACGACCUCAUCUUUCCGCACAAGCCCGGCAUCAUAAUGAUACCCGAGGAUGCUAAACGCGGCACGGAAUUGGAUUACGUAAUUGCCCGCAAGAAUCCACUGUUCCAGAAACCAGUCUACCUCGAGUUAUGGGGUUCUCCGCUGUUUGCCAUAAGACAGAAAAUCGUAUCUUCCGAGACCACAGAAGGCACUGUUUUCCUCCUAGGACCAUUAGACUUUGAAAAGCAAGCCAUGUACCAUCUAACUAUACUAGCCAACGAUGCCUAUGCCGAACCUGGUCAAGACAGUCGCAAUAUAGCAGGCAUGGAGAUAGUAGUCAUCGUCCAGGAUGUCCAGGACCAGCCGCCAGUGUUCACUUCCGCUCCGCCAGUCACCAAAUUGCCACCGGGCAUACUGCCAGGAGAUAAGAUACUGCAAGUGCAUGCCGAGGAUGGCGACAAGGGAAAUCCCCGGGAAGUUCGCUAUGGCUUGGUCUCCGAGAACAAUCCAUUUACAUCGUUUUUCGACAUUAACGAAACCAGCGGUGAGAUCUUCCUGAUGCGACCCCUCGAGGACAUUGCCUUCAUCACGCAUGUGGGUGAUCCGGUGCUGCUCACCGUAAUUGCGGAAGAGGUUAAGGUGGGUCGUGACGAGCCGCCCGCACUGGCCUCCACGGUCCAAUUGGCGUUCUUUCUGCCCGAUCGCACCAAUUCGCCGCCGUACUUCGAGAACGAUCACUACGUCUCGAGGGUGGACGAGAACGCCCCGCAAGGCACCGCUCUGACGUUCGUUGAUCCCUACGUGCCGCGGGUCUACGACGAUGAUACGGGCAAGAACGGCGUCUUCUCGCUGACGCUGCUCAACAACAACGGCACGUUUGAGAUCUCGCCGAAUGUGGCGGAACGGAGCGCCGGAUUCCUCAUCCGGGUACGGGACAACUCUCUACUGGACUUUGAGCAGCGCCACUCGGUGCAGUUUCAGGUGCUGGCCCAGGAAUUGGGACCGGCCACCAAUCUCUCGGCUCUGGUCAACGUCACUGUGUAUAUCAACGAUGUGAACGAUAAUGCUCCUGUUUUCGAGAUGCCCGCCUACUCCGUGGAGCUCCCUGAGAAUAUGACAGCGGGCACAAAGGUGGUACAGGUCCUAGCCACCGAUCCGGACUCGGGUCUGGGCGGCAAGGUGCGCUAUACGGGCAUCCUGGGCUACCUAAACACCUCGCUUAACCUGGAUGCGGAGACAGGCCUGAUUACGGUGUCCACCAACAAGCACGGCUUCGAUAGGGAGGUGAUGCCCGAGUACCAUCUUUACGUGGAGGCACGGGACAUGGAUGGCGAGGGCAACCGAGCUCAGGUGCCUUUGAUUAUCAAGCUCAUCGAUGUCAACGAUGAAACGCCCAUCUUCGACAAGGAUCUAUACGAGUUCAUUCUCGCUCCCGACCUGCUGGGCUUCACCACCACCGCGGUGAUCCAUGCCGAGGACAAGGAUGCCACUGCUCCGAACAACGAGGUGCGCUACGAGAUCAUCAAUGGGAACUACGACAAUCAGUUUGUCCUGGACAAGGUAUCCGGUGAACUGACCGUCAAGGAGAGGAUUCACCUGCGGUCUAAGAAGAAUGCCAAGACGAGAAGACGUCGCCAGACGGGCUCGGACGAAGAAGACACCGAUAUAUUCAUCCUAACCGCCAGAGCAUACGAUCUAGGCGUGCCUGUGCGCUUCUCCACCACCACGAUCCGCAUUUAUCCACCGGAGAGCCGCAAGCGAACGGUCACCUUUGUGGUGCCGGGCCACCAUCCAGACAAGGCCAAGACCGAGGAGACGCUCUCAGCCAUCACGGGCGGCAAGGUAUAUAUCCACAACAUGCGACCAUUGAGACCCGAUGAGCCCGGUGCCAAGGACAUACCAGCGGGAAAUUCGGGUGUCAAGGAGCGCAGCGUAGUCACUGCCACUGUAAUAUACGACAGCUCCUCGGUGGUGGACAUAUCAGAGAUACAGCAACGACUCUCGCAGCACAAUAACUCGUAUGCCAUCAUGCCGCAGGACACUUCCUCCACGGACACUCUCACCCCCUUGCAGACCCAAUACAAGGCGGAGAACAAGGUGCUCUUCUGGUUGCUCAUCCUGCUGGCCACUCUGGUGGCUCUGACCAUCCUGAUCCUGCUGCUCUGCUGCAUCUGCUCCUGGUGUCCCCUAUACGGGGCGGCGACCAAAAGAAUAGUUAAUAUCAGUAGAACUGAAGACGAUGUGCAUCUAGUGCAUAGGGAAAUGGCAAAUGGAAAACAUACAAAAUCUGUUCAGGUCGCCGAGUGGAUGGGAAGACGCGAUGCCUGGUCAGCGGAGAAACCUCCCGAUACCCGAACGAAGCCCACCCGCUGGGAGUUCCACGAUGGACGUGAGCAGCUUGACGAAAACGUAGGUCGGAGCCAGGACAUCGGCGAGGGGCGUCACGUCCAGUCGGCCGAGGAGCAGCAGCGACGCGUUCGCAUCAAGAAUAACCGCACAGCCAAAGACGAUCUUCAUCUUAGUUUCCAUAACUCUAGGACUAAUCUAAUUAACGACCGCGACGUCUACAUGGAGGAUGUGAUUGAGAACCGCGAUCUGGCUGACGAACGGGAGCACAUUUCCAGGACACGGGUCAACCGGCAGGAGUACGCCCGGAGGAAGCACUACGACUCGGAGGUCCGCAUCGACGAUGAUUCCAUGCGGAGGCACGAGAUCGACCGAGGCAGCGACAUCGACUUCAACACGGCACAGAACAACAGUCUCAAGAGCAAGCGUGAAUUGUUUAUCAAGGAUGGAAAUGUGGAGAUUUUGCAACUGAUGACCAGGGAUAAGACGAGGGAUGGCCUGAAUCUGGAUGACGACAAUAUCUAUGUGAACGUUCCCCUGAAGCCGGCGGGCAAUCUCUCCCAUCCGCAGCUCCUGAUGGUGGAUAACACCGGCAAGGAGAUCCUGAUGCGCAGGUUCAUCGAAGAGCAGCCGGAUGGCAAGCAAAUCAUAAGGGAACACUACCAGAUCGUUCCCGGGGCCACAUACAUUCAGUCCAUGCCCAAUGAGGUGCAGCAGGGAUCGACCCUGAAGGGAGACACUUUUCCGUUGGGCAAGUCGGGGCCAAACAGCAUAGUUUACUCCCAGCUGGAGCCGGAGGUGAAGGUCAUCCACACGCAGCCUGUCCAAGCGACCGAGGGCAUGUCCUUGGAGCAGCAGUUGCAGCCAGCGGUGUCCAAUCAAUCCCUCACCCACGAACUGGAGCACUCCCUGAAGCAACAGAACGCUCUUCUCAGACAGAUUCUCCUUGAGAAGGAGAAGCUGGAGAAUGCCUACACUCAACACGAGGUAGCUCUGGAAACCCAAAGUCUUCCCGGACAGUCGAUGGCCAUAGGAACCCAGACGGAUUGCGAUGCUGGAACUCAGACCGAAGGCCUGGACACCUUGGAUGCCGAGAUUCAUCAGGCGAAACCCUCGCGCCGGAGAGCUCGAAGCGAGAACGACGAGUCCAUGUCUGAGGAUGGCUACGAGUAUGUGCGCUUCAAUCCACCAAACAGUCCCGAGGGCGUCUACUGGAUAAAGCGACGGAGGACAAAGAAGCGCCCGAGACAACCGCGCAAGAGGAUCGUGAUGGUGGAGGAGGUGAAACGCAAGAUCCGCACACCCAUCAAGGAGGAGGAGGAGCUGCACGAACGGAAGAAGCGUGUGCCUCCAAAGAAACCGCUGAGGGAAACCAAGACUAGCAUUCUGCGCAAGCAGCUGAGUGACGAAAGCCGAAAGGACAAUGCGAGGAAUGGAGAAUCGCAAACCGGCGGCAGCCGUCACCGAUCAGAGGCCGAGGCCAGGAGUCGUGAGCUGCUCAUGGAAAUAACCGAUUCCAUGGAUGAGAUGGCCAGUCCCGGAUCGCACAGCAUCCGAAAGAUCCAGGUGGAGAAGUAUUACAAGCACUCCGAUGGCGACUUCGACGAGGACGACACUGAGUACUCCAUCGACUCGGAUGGGGAUGAGAUCGUGAUCAGGUCCAACUAUCCCAGUCGAGGGCAGGAGAACGAAAGGUACAGGAGAGAGGAACGGGUCUAUGCGGAGCCAGAGGAACCGAAGGGGCACAAGAGGCAGAGUCACCACAGAAAGCCAUCGCCCACCGAUUCUCAGCCAGAAGCCAAACCGCGGAUAUCGAGGCGCGACAGCUCCAAGCGGGGCUCCAGGAAGCAAACGUCCUCGGAACCUCCACACAACCGGCUGUCCAUCUCCAAGUAUGAGUCAACGGUCAGCGAGAACGGCAGGAAGCUGACAUCCACCUCCACGGAAAUAGUGGGCUCCAAGCGAUCCCUCACCGAUCGGAGUUACCAGAGUGAGACAGAGUUGGCCGCCCUCGAACACGAGCAUGAGCCCGAACCCGAGGAACGGAAUGUGCCCAAGUACAUGGAGUGGUACUACAACAAAAAGAAGACCUCGGUGAGUGGACGCACCUCAACGGAGUCAUCAAAGUCGCAGCCGUCCAGCAAGAAGAAGGUGGCUGCUUCCGAGAAGCGCGUCUCCAAGACUCGCAUAACAGUGCAUCCCAAGGACUUUGAGGAGGAUGAGGAUGCUGGUGGACGGUACAAGCCUGAGCCCGCUCCCCGAAAGUCCCCUCCAAAGGGCAGUCGCCUGCUGAAGGAGGACCGCGCUCUGAACAAGCAGCACAAACCAAAAAUCGAGACUGACACGAAUCACCCGCUUCUCCAGCACUCAGAGCAUCGCUUCGAGCGUGAAAACGCCCUAGAGGUGCCAACCGCACCCACCAAGCUGCCCCACUACAUGUAUCCGGAGACGCCGCCGCAUGCGGCUGCGGCCAGCAAGGAUGCCACCAAGUCCGCCAAGGAGCUCAAGCCCAAGCCAUCACCCAUCAGGGAAAACGAAGUCAAGGUUUCCAACUCAAAGAUCUACGUGGAGAGUCGCGGACCGGGUAAUCCCUCGCAGAAACAGCUGAACGCCUCGACCCUGGAGGAUGACCACGACUCCGGAAUUGCCAUGAACUCACUGCUCAACAGCCUGGGACGUCGCAAUCCCAUUGCCGAGAAGAAGAGCGUAUUCUCCAUCGCCUACGACGACGUCAGCCGGGUGAAGAAGAUCAACUCGGGCGGCGAGUCGCCGCAGUACUAGUAGCGAUCCACUCCAAACCCUUCAAAGGAACAAUCAUAUGUGAUAGCCUCCAAGGCUCCCUACCUGCGAAUCAUCGAACCAAUAUCUGCAAUACUGUAUCAUAUACACCCAAAGCCAGCCUGUUACCCCAUUCGUAGUCUACGGGACGUUGAGAAAUGUUCAACUCGUUUCUGUGCACCGAAAACACACAACAUACGUUAGGAUCCGGUUAGGAUUGCCGCCUUCAUUGUAACCAUAAGCCGACAGAUGUAGUUCAAAGUUUUAUAUUUAACAAUACACCUAGAGUCUAGGAGAGUGGCGUAAGCUCCAUGCCACACCAAUGUAUUCAACUCUAUCCUAUACGCAUUAUGUAGCCGACCCUAUGUACGACCAAAAUUGUUAAGGAUAUUUAUACGGUUAACGUUUAGUGUGUCUUCUUGUACAUAUCACGCACAAGUCAUUGCAAGUGCUAUCCUACCAGAAACUUGUGCAAAUGUGUAUGUACAUAAGCUAAUGUAUACUUUGCAGUCGAAUGAACAAAUGCCUGCCAUAUUGAAAACACUUGCAAAUAUAAUCUAAUAAAUCAGUAUCGAAUUAAUGUACAUAUUCUAAGGAUAAGCUUAUGCAAAUAAAACAAAUUAAUCCCAA